GUCGACUUUCAGAUGACAUUGACGCUAUGUAGAUGGGAGUAGGGAAUUGAGCUCCCUGUAACGUUGCUGCUUGUUGAUGUUAGACAGUCGCGCAGGGCGAAGCUGGUUCUUCUCGUGUCGAUCCCGCCAGGACCUCAGCACCACUAGCGCGUGGACAGCUCCCCGCAGCGAGACUCUUGCGCGCUAUCUCUCAGGACUGUUUUGUUCCAAGUCUUUUAAUGGAAAGAAAAUAUAUUUAUGUCCCAAGUAACACUGGAAGUUUACAACUUUGGGGGGAAUGUACGGAUACCUCAUUGCACAAUUCGUGGAAGCCAACUAAACCCCACUGGCAGAGAUCAAAAAUUCCUUGUUAACGGCAACCGACGAGCUGUAACACGGUGCGGUUUUAGAUCUGUCAAAACAGUUGGUUGAAAGGUUUGUUCAGAAACCGCGAAGCUGCUGUCUACGUGGACUGGUGCUGAAAUCUCACGUCCAGCUGCCAGGACCUCUGCCAAAUCCAGAGAAAUGGCGACAAAUGGCACCAAAGCCUCGGAUGGCCAAGUUGUGACGGAAUUGAACGAAGUAUCAACUAUUGAUAAGCCAAAUACAGCGGAGGCAAAGGACGAGAAGAAGAAAUCGGAUCUCCCUGAGAGAGAAGAAUGGGUAGGGAAAUUUGAUUUCCUAUUGUCGUGCGUUGGCUAUGCCAUCGGAUUGGGAAACGUCUGGAGAUUUCCUUACCUUUGUGGAAAAAAUGGUGGAGGGGCCUUCUUGAUCCCUUAUUUUUUAACCCUGAUUUUUGCGGGAGUUCCUUUGUUUUUCUUGGAAUGCGCUCUUGGCCAAUACACGUCGAUUGGUGGGCUUGGAGUAUGGAAGCUGGCUCCAAUGUUCAAAGGUGUUGGCCUCGCAGCUGCCGUGCUUUCCUUCUGGCUAAACAUAUAUUACGUUGUAAUCAUUUCCUGGGCCAUAUACUACCUGUGGAACUCCUUGACAACCGAACUGCCAUGGCAAAAUUGCAAUAACCCAUGGAACACGGAGAGGUGCUACACAAACUACAGCAUCACUGAAACCAUCAACCUCACCAGUUCUGUGGUGGAGUUUUGGGAACGCAACAUGCAUCAGCUAACCGAUGGGUUGGAGAAACCAGGCACGAUCAGACUCCCACUGGCUAUCACACUGGCCAUCGCCUGGGUGCUCGUGUACUUCUGCAUCUGGAAAGGUGUCAGUUGGACUGGAAAGGUGGUUUACUUCUCGGCCACGUACCCGUACUUCAUGCUCUUCAUCCUGUUCUGCCGUGGCAUCACCCUGCCUGGAGCCAUGGAUGGCGUCUUGUUCUACAUCACGCCAGAUUUUCAGAAACUCAAAGAGUCUGAGGUGUGGCUAGAUGCAGCCACUCAGAUUUUCUUCUCUUAUGGUUUGGGCCUGGGUUCACUGAUAGCCCUUGGGAGUUACAACAAGUUCCAUAAUAACGUCUACAGGGACUCCAUCAUUGUGUGUUGCAUCAACUCCUUCACGAGCAUGUUUGCUGGAUUGGUCAUUUUCUCCAUCGUUGGAUUCAUGUCUCAUAUCACCAAGAGACCCAUAGCGGAUGUAGCUAAAUCAGGUCCGGGAUUGGCUUUCCUGGCUUAUCCUGAAGCUGUGACCCAGCUGCCUAUUUCUCCGCUGUGGUCCAUUUUGUUCUUCUCCAUGUUACUCAUGCUUGGGAUUGACAGUCAGUUCUGUACUGUGGAGGGCUUCAUCACGGCUCUGGUGGAUGAGUUUCCCUUGGUGCUGAGGAAACGGCGGGAGAUCUUCAUCGCCUGUGUCUGCGCCGUGUCCUACGUGAUUGGCCUGUCCAACAUCACACAGGGAGGCCUGUACGUGUUCAAGCUGUUUGAUUACUACUCGGCCAGCGGCAUGUGCCUGUUGUUCCUCGUCUUCUUCGAGUGCAUCUCCAUCUCUUGGUUCUACGGUGUGAACAACUUCUAUGAGAAUAUUCAGGAGAUGAUUGGCUACAAACCCUGCUUAUGGUGGAAGCUGUGCUGGGUGGUCUUCACACCUCUCAUCGUCGGAGGCGUGUUCCUGUUCAGUGCGUUUCAGAUGGUGCCCCUGACCAUGGGGGACUACGUGUUCCCAGCCUGGGGUCAGGGGGUGGGCUGGCUCAUGGCGCUCUCCUCCAUGCUCCUCAUCCCCGGAUACAUGGUCUACAUGUUCCUCACCCUGAAGGGCACCUACAAGGAGCGGAUCAGGAUCAUGCUGCAGCCCCCUCUGGUGAGGCGGGCCCAGGUGAACGGCCCUGAUCAGCAGCCAACUGACGUCACAGUUACCACCGCCAUCACCAACCCUGCCAGCCCGGCACCUGCUGUCAGCCCCACGGGCACUGCUGCCACCGCUGCCACCGCUGCCACCGCUGCCACCGCUGCCCCUGCUGCCACGGCUGCCAGCCCCACCACCGCUGCCACCCCCACCACCGCUGCCAGUCCAGCAGCUGCAGCCAGCCCAACCGCCACCAGUCCUGCCAACCCGAGCAAUCCGACCAGCCCCACCAACCCUACCAACCCUGCCAUCCCUGCCACCCCUGCCACCCCUGCGAGCCCUGUCAACCCUACUAUCCCUGCCACCCCCAUCAACCCCAUCAGCCCCACUAACCCCGCCAGUCCGGCCACUGCAGAGGCCAACGUCUAAAGACCUGUGAAGAAACAGACAAGUGCUGAGAGUGAUCAAAGACGAACAUUACAAAAAGGACUUCCAUGUUUAUAAUAGAAUCACCUACCUCCAGGGGCCAUACGUGAUCGAUAUAGUGAUGACUUGCGUUGAUCAUCUCUUUCUUUUUUCUGUCCGUUUGUUUUGUUUUGCAUUUGUAAAACCUGCUCUGCCAAUGCAGCGCGUUCACAUUGGCACGUGUUACAAAUGCAAAGCGACCAAUCAGUGUCCAUGAAAUCUCCAGCUCCGUAUUAACCCCUUCCAUCGUCCUCUGCCUGGAGAAAGAAGGGUAUCGUGGUAAUACUGUGAAGUGAAUUUAAAGCACAGAACUUUUGCAUAGCAAUGCAUUUGGGCCUACUUAUGAAGUCAAGCACUGUCUAAGGACUGCACAGUAGAGUAAAAGCACAGAGAAAAACAAAAAAACGAGAGAAAAUGGAAGAGAUAAGACCAAAAUAAGGGAUCAUACGUAAUAACACUCAGCCCUAAUCCAAAAUCCUGGAGUCUAUUACAGAUGGAAGCUCCUAUUCGCAUCAGUCCACUGGUGCAGUCAGUCCAAGCACAAAGAACAAAAAAAAAACUACAAAAAAAAACCCUUAAAGUACAGAAGCCCUUGGGUGACCCAUUAUCUGUUGUUAAAUAUGUUUUCAGAGACUGUUACUGUUUUAUUUUCCUUUAUGGAGAAAAAAAAAGAGCUUAUAUGCGAUCGAGAUGUUUUUAGAUUUCUUUUAUCGGCUGUUUUGUACUAUAAGUGUUGUGAUCAAGGACCAAAUCAUACACAGACACAAGCAAAAACCUACCUAUGCCAUGCGGUGUUUAGUUGUCGAAGCACAGGGUAAAUCAUAUUUCAUAAUCGUAAAUACACACUGAUACAGGGUCAGACAGAGAAACAAAUAAUGAUACCAGAGUCCAGAUCACAGCUGGUUCUGGAGUGGAUUCGACUCACAUCUGGGCCAGAUCCGUCCGCCAGGACGGCUGCAAUCUGGACUCUGACUAUCCAAAUCAAACAAAAAAUGCUGAGCAGUCAGCCCUGUUUACGUUUGUUUGCCUGUCUCCUCAGGACCAUGUGGACAUCUCCUGACAGUAGCAACUCUAUAAGGAGACAAGGCCUUACGCCACAGUCACUCGAGAAAAUAAAAAAACAAAAAAACACAAAAAAAAACCUACCCGAUGAUUUACCGAUAUUUUGCGUUUAAGUGAAACUGUGUAUAAUGUUUAGUAUGAAUCAGGCAAUUCUGUUAUUGGUCGAUUGACAGCGGUUUACAAGUCGGUUAGCUGUUCCUAGUGUACUGAGAAGCAAAAGCACAAAGCUUUAACGUGACGGACAACUCCCAUGGUGUGCUCGGACGGUGAUAGUUUGCUUUCUUCGGCAGCUAGUGCGCGCGUGAAAAGCAUUUAGUACUAUCGAAACGUGUUUACUCUGAGGAGCUGAACCACUACAUGAGAUAUGAAACGGCGACAUGUCCUGUGAAUUUUGUACAAAGUUAACUCACCACAGUUUUCUCUGAAACUUUGUUGUAAAACUGUACUGUGUGAAACACGUAACUGUGAAUGUCUGUAAUCCAUUGGAAGUUACUGUCUAAAUGUUGAAGAGUUUUAAAGGAAUUGCUGUUUUCUGCAAUAAUAUUUUGAUCUCAGAAACUAAAGCACAUAUCUUACAGAAUUAUAAGAAGUGGCAAUGAUUAUAAAAAUAUUGAUUAAUAUACAAAUAGAAACUAUGUCUAGUAAGAAAUAAUAUUGUUUUGUAUAUUUUUAACUGUUUCACUGCCUACAACAUACUAUAUACAGGAUAUGUAUUAAUGGUGUGAUAUGAUAAAGCACGAUUGUCAUGUUGUACAAAAAUACAAAAAUAUGAAAAAUAAAGAUUCUACAAAACAAA